AACAAUAUCGACGUAAACGUCGAUCAUGCCCCAUACCAGAGUUGCUUAUCACUUCAGUCCGAGAACGUGUAAAGUAAAGUUGUUUACUUCUAGCAUCUAUCAUCCCAGUAGGAAGCAGCGUGUUGUACAUUUUUAGAUUAAUUAAAUAAUUAGUCGUAACAAAUCAGUGCAUGAGUGAAACAUUCCAGCAGCGAUAGAACAGCUCCAGUAUAUCAGUUUGAUCUGUUGGGCGUUUGGUGCAGUGAAACCAAUCGAAUGUUAAACAGAAAAGAACAUAGCCACCGCUGACACCGAAGCUCAAGAUUGAUGCUACGCGCGAGCGAUUCCAUUUGCCGUAAAAUAUUGAUAACGGAAAAGGUCAUUCGCGUGCGUAGUUUGUUGAAUGUGUGUGACAUCAUCAUGCCCUGAGCAAAACGAACAAGAUCAACAGUGUCUAGGUAGCUUAACCUUCAACGAUACAUAUCAUGUAAAAGUCUGAGAAUGAAGUGAAGGGAAGUGUGCGCAUCAUCCGCAACAAAUGCAUAUCAGCAAAUUGCCUCGUGGUAACCACAGUAAACUAUAGCGUCGGUAGUGAGCAAAUCCGUUUUUUGAUAAGUAAAUAGUGUACACCCCAAACCAAAAGAAAGCUUUACAAAAUUUUAGUGUAAGUAAACGGUUAUAUGAAAGCAUGAAAGUAAAGUUCGUAGUAAAUCAAAGAUCUCAUACAUAUCAAAAUCAAAGUGAGCGUGAAGCGUUGAAGUGAACAAAAAACGAUACCAGUUAAGCGUUUAUACUCGUUAAACCCCUGUGCGUAUGCAAAUUGCACAGCAAAAGGUGUUACUGUGUCAUCCGGUGUAGUUGCGAUACGUGCUUGAAACCCGAACGGCACACGCGGUGAAGCCCCGACAUCAACAGCUGAACUACUGCAAACCCGGGGAACAAUUUUGGAGUCCUUCCUGCCAGCCAACCCACCCACCAACCCCGGGCAAACCAAACGAACAUCCCCUCCCUCCCGGGCCAUCCGGGUAGCGGUAUCGCGCGAUGCCGCUGCACCUCAUGCAUCACGACGGCAGCAGAUGGCACUGUCGGAAACGGAAAUAAUAGAAGAUCGAUUUUGCUGUCACCGGGCGGCACCGUCGGGUCGGUGCCGUCGCCGUUCGCACCAUCGCCCGCACCGAUGCCCACGAAACGACGCGGCGACCAAUUGAGGGAUUGUUCCGUCACCUUACCAUUGGAUAUUCUAUGGUUACCCAAAGCGGCUAUGAGGCCCUUCGGGCCAGAUUCUUCACACUCCGACUGCGUCCUCGUGGUAGGCGUAUCGAGGCCUAAGCUGGCAGCGCUCUUUCUCUCGGUGAUGCUGCUGUCGCUCUUUCUCACGUUUCACAUCCUGUACGACAGUGCGGUGUACAGCAUACAGGCGGCAACUGCAAUUUCGGAGAACAAAAUUUCCAUCCUAACAAAUCACAUACCCAAUCCACCGGUGAUCAAUCAACCCGUCGUGUUUCCGAACCGAAUACACUUUCCCAAAACUAGCCGUAGGUUACCACAAUGUUUAAUAAUCGGAGUGAGAAAGUGUGGCACACGCGCCCUGCUCGAGAUGCUGUACUUGCAUCCAAGGAUACAGAAGGCCGCCGGCGAGGUGCAUUUUUUCGAUCGCGACGAAAACUACCUGAGGGGGCUCGAGUGGUACCGGAAGAAGAUGCCACACUCCUUCCGUGGCCAGAUAACGAUCGAGAAGAGCCCCAGCUAUUUCGUGACACCCGAGGUUCCGGAGCGGGUCCGAGCGAUGAAUGCGUCCAUCAAGCUGCUGCUAAUUGUAAGGGAACCCGUAACGAGAGCAAUAUCCGAUUACACACAGCUUCGAAGUCACGCAGCAACGGCAACACUACCCCAGCAGCAGAGCCUCUCGUCAACUUCGCCUCUGUCGAGGUCGUUUGAGGAGCUGGCCCUUCUGCCGAACGGUACGGUCAACGAGGCGUACCGACCGCUAGCCAUCUCGCAGUAUCACGUGCACGUGCACCGGUGGCUGGAAGUGUUCCCCCGCGAGCAAUUACUGGUCGUCAACGGUGACCAGCUUAUCGACGAUCCGGUUUCGCAGCUGCGCCGAAUAGAGGAUUUUUUAGGCAUCGAGCCACGGAUCGGUAGCAAUAACUUUUACUUCAACGAAACGAAAGGCUUCUACUGCCUGCGGAACGAGACGGGCGACAAGUGUCUGCGGGAGACGAAGGGCCGGAAGCACCCGCGCGUCGAUCCGGUUGUGAUAUCGAAGUUGCGUAAGUUCUUCGUGGAACACAAUCAAAAAUUCUACGAGCUCGUCGGCGAGGAUCUCGGCUGGCCGGAAGAGUAGGCAUGCGGCGGCGGUGCCGAGUGUGUGUAUGUGUGUGUGUGUGCUUGCCGAGAGGAUGCACAUCCGCUGCAACAGAGUGGAGGCAGAAGAAAAAAAACCAAUCGGACAAGUGGCUGGGUAUACAACAAACAACAAACACGCAUACACAACUAAACAUGUGAGACUGAAUCGGAGCGGAACACCGGUGGCGGCAGGUAAGCGAAGGAUGGAUUGGUGAACCGAUCGAGGGGGAAAGUUGCGGCCAAUUUACUUCGAUUUUAACACAUCACCCUCCCGUCCAUCCAUCAACGGGUGGUGCAACGGGAAUGCAGCUGUUUGCGGGAGAAGAGUGUUUUUUGUGUUACUUUCCUUCCGUUCCGAUAGGUUCGAUCUGCGGCAAAACUUCGCAACAAUGCAAUGGUUCGCUGAGAUGCGGGGGAGGAAAGGCUCGCAAGCAAAGUGAGCGCAAGUUGUUUUGUUGUUUUGUUAGUGUACGGUGGCUUUUGUUCGGUGCUCAAAACAUUCUGCAAACACACAUUAGAUAGGAAUUAAUUAAAACAUUUGCCUCCAUUGUUGCUUGCAGCAUACGAGUGGAGCAGGGUGGAGCUAAAAUGCAGUCGAUGAGAAGGGAAGGAUGAUGUAUUUUUGGUUUUGAUGAACUCUUCAUUUCAAAUACUUUUUGUUCAAUUUAAACAUUAUUCAACCGACUCUUUCACGGAAUUAAAUGCCUCUGCAACUUUUUUGACCCAGGAACUCGUUGUUUUACAGUCAUUGAGGAUAAAAUGUGUCUCUUAGUUCCCUAUUUUUUCCCCAAAACACCAUAUUUUAUCAUAAUAUGUCGAAUUUUGCCUCUAAAAGAACUCAUAUUUGCUUCGUUUUUAUAAAUGUUUGUCAAAUGGUACGAGCUUUGGGGAAUAAAUUGUCCUAAAAUCGGCCCAAACACCAUAUAAAUAAUGUCUAAGAGCUCUUUCACACCGGACGAUUGUGACAAUUUGCGCGUUCGACGAACUUAACCAAAUUCAAAAUUGAUAAAUGAAAAUCAACCAGUUCGUGCCCAAGCGAAAUUUUUCGGGGAUAAUGAACAUAAACUCAUGCCAUCUCUUUCUAUUCAUCAGCUCUACUCUCUCACACGCAUCGAUGAACUUUUACACAUCUCUUUGUUCAUUGUGCUAUAUUUGAAGGGUUUAAAACUGAUAGAUAACGAUUCGUGUUCAUGAACUAGUAGUGGUCAAAUGGUAAUGGUGUAAUGUUUGCACCAUGGUCGACAUGAGUUCAAUUCCAUUUUUAUUGUUUUCAUUGAUGAUUUAAAGUUUUGAUUUCUUUUUAAAACAUGCAGCUCCAGUAACUUCAGACCCCUUUACUCAUUGUUAGAAAUGCGUGUUUAAUAGUCAAUCUAUUAUUUUUAUUGUUUUAUUUAUUUCUUUUAAUUCAUUUCGUAUCAGCACACCUUCAUACAACAAAACAAGCAAAUAGCACGAUCAUGAAUAAUAAUAUGGUGGCGCAACUGGCAAAGUGAUUCGAAGUAGAAUUAGCGAUGUGGUUGGUAGCAUCAAGGAUGAAGCAUGAGCAUGAAUUGGAAUAUGAGGGAAGGGAAUGAAUCCGAAUGUUCAUUUCUAUUUUUAACUAUUUUUUGCAUGGGUUCAUCCUUCACGUGUGUUCACUAUCCCCGAAAAUGAUCUGUAUUUCGCUGGUCUUUUCGGGGAUAAUUCGUUAACGAAUUAUCCCCGAAAAGACCACCGAAAACCAGCGUGGUCGGGAGCUUGGGUUGGCUUUCAGUGACUUUUUGUUACCAUAGCAGGAUAGUCAGUCCUACGUAUGGGAGCACGGUCUAUUCGGGACAUGAACCCAUGACGGGCAUGUUGUUACGUUGUACGAGUUGACGACUGUACCACCAGACCGGCCCGAUUUUCAGUCUAUCAGUGGAACAAUAUUUCGGGUUGUAUCCGUGUGAUAGUUACGGUCCGCCAUAUUGGAUUUCAGCCAUUUUACAGUGUACAAUCAAGGAUGCAGUUUGUUGUUUUCUUUUUUUUUCUGUUUGAGCUGUUACAAUACUUUUGAAAUGAGUUAUUGUUUAAAAUGAGUUAAGGUACUUUUAUUAAACUUAUUAUAUUUUUCGCUAAACUAAAAAACAAAGUUCCAAACAAUUUUUUACCUUUCUUGGCACAAUAUUUAUCCUUUAGCAAAAAAUAGAGUCCCCCUUUGAGCUAACCUUUGAUUCGCGCCAGCAAUGCAUAGGCGUUUGAUUACAAAUGUUUCAGGCUGAAAUAAUCUAGGCUGAAAAUCUUACGCUACUUUUUUUGUGCGUGAGUGUUGACAUGAUUUCAGCCGCUAACUGUCAAACUCCAUAUAAAAUAGCUGGCUGAUAUAUUGAAAUCCCCUGUUGAUCAAUUUUGUUAACUUACAGACAUAAAAAGGUCCAUUAAAGGCAAAUAUUGAACCUCUUGAAUUCAGUCUUAAAAACCAAAUUCAAUGUAAACUGUGCGAAAUUGGUGAUAUAUAGACAAAUUUAGUGGGCAAACACUGUACUAUUGCUGAGCCAAUCAAUAUCAUACUUUGUACAGCGAUUUGCAAAUGUUUAAAAACCCCUUAUAAAGUAUUUCAAUAUGAGGAAUGUUUCAAUGCAUCAAAAGGUUCUAAAGAACAAAGAAGCAAUUUCUACAACAGCUCGCUUUGCUUUCACCUUGUUUACUCUUGCACAGCAUAAUCAAGAAUUCGUAUUUAUUUAACAACUGCCAUCAACCAACAUCCUUUUGCCCAAAAAAAGGAUCUAUCUCGUUCUCGCUCCACCACCAAGGAUAAGCGCGUUACUUCCAAAUCAUUUAAUGAUAGCCGAGCAAAAGGAGGAAUCCGUCCGUGUACUGACCAGUGCUGGUCCAUAAUCAUACGGUCCCGGUCCCGGUUAAGGUAAGGUCAGUGCUCAGGCGAACGCUUACCGUGCUAUAAAUAUUCUUUCCCGAUUACAUUCCCCCAUCGCGUCGCCCUAUCGCAGCACCCGCAAACCCGUGCACGUGCACACGUUGGCAAAUGUGGCAUGUGGAAAUAUUUCAUGAGUCCCCAAUUUUGCUCCGGUUGGCGGGUCCGAACAUAACGUUCGGACACACUAUCCAUUUCCCAAGACCUGUGGAGAGAUGACGGGGAAGGGGGGGCAGUAAACCCAUUCACCCAGCAGCCGGGUGUAAUGUAAUCGCUUUGAAGAGAGAAAGAGAGAGAGAGGGUGGAGAAAGUGGAAAGCUCACUUGUUCCACCCCAUUUCCCGGACCCCACUGGCCGUUUGGCUAGGGCUGGUUGAAAGUUGAAAAUAAUCGGUCGUUUGCGCGGGACAAAUUGAGCUGAAAUGUGUUCGCCUCCGACGGCCAUUGCUGCUUGCUCGGCGAAUGCACUCUCUGCACAAGCGGUCUCGCUUUCCCAUUCGGUCAUUCAGGAUGCAUCUUCUCCCUAGCUCUAGGGAUCCAACAAACGGGCUGAGUCAUCUUCAGGCGACGCAUGUGAACGGCGACAUGUGCUGCGGGAGUGAAACGUGCGCCGCUGGUGAGAUGUCUGGACUGAGAUGUCUGAGGCUUGCCGUGCCGUUGGCGGUGCUUUCGUCUUUCAACUCGUGAAUCGUUUUGCCCGGGGGUUUGGAAUCGCCCUGGGGGGACGAAAGGCAUUCAAACGAAGCCGAAAAUCCGAGCUCAUCGCAAAGUCCAUUCGAUGGUGAAUUUGCCAUUCCUCGCCAUUCCACACACACACACAUACACAUUCACGCUUGCAUUUGCCGUCCCGGCACGGAUUUUGCCGUUGCCCGGUUUGCAUGCAAAAGUGGAGAAGGAUGGAUUAAGUUUUCGUACCCAAAAUUCAUCGAGGUCGCACGUGUGUGAGCGCAAGUGUACGUGACUUUUGCGAGUGCCCACGAGACCCACCCACCCGCGCCGGGCAAGAGCAAUUGCGCCGUGGGAAGCGCGCAGGCGAAGGUGGUAAACAAACGCGCAAAGCGCUUCUCGUUCGUUCACUUUGCGCCCCCCUCCCGUUUGUGGGACAGAAGAAAGCUCCUGCCGCACGAGCUGAUGAUGGAAUGUGGAAUGGUACUACGGGCGAGGUUGUGGUUGUGGUGAGCUAUUCCCACUAUCAGGCAGUGUGUGGUGUUGGUGAUGCUGCAGACAGCAAGCGACGAACAGGCGGGGUAGGAAAAAACACACACACACCCAAAGCGAGUUGUGAAUCGUGAUAAAAACCGGCGGCCAUCGUUAGGAUCACGAAGCGUAUGGUUUAGUUUAUUUGGCGAGCAAACAAAACAAAACAAAAAAAUCCCAUUCUCCCGUUUGGUUGUAGUAUGAGGGAUGGUGGGGGCGGGGGUUUGGGAACGGGGUAGCAGGGGGUUUCAAAUGGGGUGCGAAUUGGGGCAUUGCUGGCAAUCGAAAUCGAAAAACGCACACAUCCCCAUGUUUUGUGGGGCGACUUUUCGAUUUUGGCGCUCAACCGGGGAGCGUAUGUUUUAUGUUUGUGUGGAAGAGAGAGAGAGAGAGAGAGAGAGAGAGAGAGAGAGAGAGAGAGAGAUAGAGAGAGAGAAAGGGAGAUUGAUUGAGUUGUGAAAGGGAAAGAAUGAUAAGUAAACAUGGUUUUCAUUCAUUCGGAUGCGUUUAUUUUGAGCUGUGUCAAAACAAUACAUUUUCACAGAUUGUAUCGCAUAAGAUAAACUUUUCAUCUUGUUACAUAUUUUUGCAAUUAGAAGAUCAAGUGAUGCAUGAAAGGAAAUGACUAUUUGACCUUACAACUCAAAUAUUUUAACUUAAAAUGUGUACACUAACCUAGCAACGUGCACGAAGUAUCAAUUAUUGCUCACAUACCGUCCCCUAAAAAGUUUCUAUUCCACUGAACAAAGAACUAUGAGUGACACGUAGCUGUUUCACCCGCUUUUUUACUCUCCCCUUUGUUCCGCUCCAUCUUCGGGCGUGUGUGUGUGUGUGUAUGUGUGUGUGUGUAUGUGUGAGAGUGAAUUAAUCCGCAACCCGUACAGGGCACCAUGCGUCUCCAUCGGCAGGGAAGCGAAACGCGCACACAAGAUGCUGCUGGCUGCGCUACCGCAGACUAAUCCUAUUUGCACCCUUCCUCACUCUCUCUCUCUCUCUCUCUCUCUUCCUCUCUGUUGCAGUGUCAUUCUUUCCCAUCUUUCAACCGGAGCUGGCCACCAUCGCUGUGUGGCCACGGUCACCCACAACACCCCCAGCCAGGGGUUGUUUGGGAUUAAUGAAAAAGAGCCCAGGCGCGCUUCCAUAUGCAGCUGCCACGGCCAAACGACCGAAGCCAAUUCGUUAGCGUUUUGUUGACAAAUUUUUGCAUCCGACAUGCAACAUGCAAGAAGAUUAUUGUUUGUUUUGCUUUGUGCAAAGUGGAGAGGUUUUUCUUUCUUUCUUUUUUUUAAGAGAGUUGCAAUCGCAAAAAAAGAGAGAGUGUCGCGUUUGUUGGACGAGCAAUAAAUCGAUUGGCCAAAGAGCUACGCAGCAGAUUUUUUUUUUUAGAAAAAGCAGAUUGUUUGAAAUGGAUUGUUUUAAACCAGUUGAAUUCUUUGCUUUAGAGUGCAGUUUGCAGGAAGGAAGAUAAUAACCAUGCAUUCAGAGAAAGCGUUCUUUCAUUAAUAUCAAGCAGUGUUACCACGAAAGUGGACCCCUCCGCUUGAAAUUAGUUGAUGAAACUUCCGGUGAAACACUCCUGGACUUUCCAGCUCUAAGAGCGCGAGCAUGAAAAAUUAUCCUACUCCUCGCUGCCAGCGGUCACAAAAUUCCCGACAACAACACCUUCAGAGCUCGGCCACCGUGAGUGGCCUUAUCGUGUCUUGUUGCCCGGUGUUCCGACACCGACACGUAAACGUGUACGUGCAUAAUGAGCCUCAAUUCCGGGAGACUGUUUCAAUGAUUCUUCCACUUCGUGGAACCAAAACCCCCGCCCGCGUACACGAAUGGAUGGGUAAUGAAAAAUCCAUUACAACUUCUGCACCAAAAACCGUCCGAGUCCGGCGCUGCUUGAAGCUCUUGAAUUUACAUCCGCACACCGCAAAGGUCAUUUCGAUUUCAUGUCCACGGGCAGAAGGCCUUCUUGCAACUACCUUCAGAACACAUGCGCGUGUGUGUGUGUGUGUGUGGUUUUGUGUGGGAUGUGGGUAUCGCGUGCAGCUAGCCGAUAAGUUGACCCCGUUCGGUGUCGGCCGAGGAGCACCACACGGGUUUUGCCCCAUUCCGGGAAGUGAUUGAAAUCGGAACAAAAUUGUUGCAUCACGCCACGCGAUGUCCAGCUGCACAUACACACACAACUGGACACAACUGGACGAAUAAAAAGUGCGCUUUCUGGUCUAUCUGGCCGAGCCCGAACGACAAAGUACCGAAAGUGUUUCUUUUGCACUCACCAAGUGAUCGAAUACUAUCGUGUAAUGGGCGUCGGAUUGCAUCAACUUUUUUUUCUCUCUCUCUCGCCAUUUUCCCUUCUCACCGCUUUGAUAAGACCCGGGGGUCUUCCGGGACUCGGGUUCAUUUUUAUCGCUCUUUGCCACUUCGAAGAAAAAUGCUGCGAGCAAAAAAAAUACAAAAAAAAACUACAGAACCACUUCACAAAAGUCAACCCGCUUGCCCGUCCGCUUCGUGUGUUUUUCGUGUCGCUUAUCCUUUUGCUUCGACUGGCCGAACAUCCGAAUCACGUAACAGUGAAUGGGCACCGGGCCCAUCCAUCCAGCGUCCGGGAAUGCGGGUGGAAAAGACGAAAGACGUCCCCCCCCCCCCCUCCCCGGAAGAUAGCCCCAAGCUUUUUGGCUAACGGGGAAAGUUUCCUGUUUGGAAAUCAAAUAAUUAGAACCAUUUGCAUAAUGUGCCCCAACAGGGCGGCGGCGGCGAACGGUUCGGUCCAAUACCGUCAACAAAUCUACAGAGCUUGCAAAGGGGCAAAAAGAGGAGAAGAGGAGAAAGAGAAAGAGGAGCAAAGUGGGGAAGGUUUUAUUCGACAUCGAUCGGAUCUCGGAAGCUCGUGUUGCUGUCGCUCUUGUCAUGAGUGGUUGAUAGGUUGCUUUAGCUGGUUUCGGGGUUUUCAUUGCUCCCCCCGUUCCUUUCCCCUUUACUCCCCCCCCCCCCCCUCCAUACCUCUCACCCCGUAAUGUUGAGUGGGGUUUGCUGGCUUGCUGGCAUUAUCUUGAUUUGGAAUGUAUCCGUUUUUGGCGGGGCCCAAGCUUGCUGCUCGGAAGUGAAAUCGUUUAAUAGAGCGAUUUUUAAAGAAGGCAUGGUUUUCAAUAUUUGAAGCAGCGCUGAAAGGUCUCGCUUAUCAGUUUUUCAGCUAUUGAUGCAAUCGAUGCAAUUGAUCGCCACAUCAUGUUUAUGAGAAGCUUCCAUUCAGGCGCUUUUUGAAUUUGAAUUUUAAAGAGUCUUCUCUUCAAUCGAACUGAACUGCUUUUAACUUCAUCGUAAAGCUGAGUGCAAUUGCAAUACUUAACCCAUUUACUGAAACAUCCUUGCUCUGCGGAAAUGUACUACCAAAGCUGUUGCGGUCAACCACACAGUCGCCAACUGAGCAUCUCGCAGAUGCAAGAUUCAACCACGAGGGACAGCGCAAGUUGACAAGCACCUUCACCGCAUUAAAAGCCACGACCUCCGACAAAAGACACUUUGCAUGCGAUGCGUCCAUUUUACUUCCUUAAAAAAAGGGAGAGAGAAAGAAAGAGAGCGGGAUGACAUUUACGUACAAAAGAAAUGAAAGAAAAAAGCCCUACCUGCAUACAUUCAGGCGCACAGAGAUACAGUUCCCACCCGGAACGAACUGUACGCGAUGGUGCCCCACGUUUCCCAUUGCUGCUGUAGCAAGGAAAAGGGAGUAAAAGUUCGUUUUUUCUCCGUACUUCUUUUUUUGUUCCCUUACACCAUCCCGGCCGUACGACCGCUUCACCCGUUUACGCUUUAAUCUGCUUAACUCGAGCGGCUCAAGCUGCCUUUCAGCGUGAUGCGUCAUAACUGUCACGUGUUUCGUGUUUGCCCAUGCACGGAACGGGAUUGCAGGCGACAUACUGUCAGUGCUUUUCGGAUGCUUGUUGUUUGUUUCUCUUUCCUCCCUCUUUUUGCGAGUAUGUUGACGCUGCCUAUUUUUACUGCUGCAUAAAAAGGGUUUGCUUGUUCUCGCUCGCGCACCCGCUCGCUCAGACGAGUUGCACCAGUUUGAAGUGUGCUCGGAUUGUGGGAUUGUGGCCGGUAACCAUAUGCGAAAGAGGGCGUUAAAUUUUGAUGAGAAACACAAGCACAAGCAACGCUCAGUUGCGAUGCGAAUGGGAAAAGAAACGCGACCUUGUCUCCAUGCAUUGGAUGGUGGUGCUGUUAGUGCAUACAUUUAGGCGCUUAAAAACUGUGAAAACUGUGUUAUUAGUGCCUAAUUUUUUUAUUCGAUUUAAAAAUGAAAUAAAAAAAGCUCAAAAUUAAACUACACUAAAAUAAAUUUGAUAUCGAUUUUUGCAAAAAAAAACAAUUGCAAGAAAAACGAAUACAGCCAGCAGCGAUUCCUCUGCUUCCACCAGCCCACAGCUAUUUCCCAGCGGAGCCUAGCCCCGUCCCAUAACUACACACAGUGCACCGUCAAAUCCCACCUUGCGUGACCGGAACGACAUGUGUGAGUCCCACCGCUGUGUUGGGGUCGUAAAAUACGGCCAUACGCUGCAGAAUGUAGCACAGAAGAAUUAAUAGCAAAAAAAUAAGGGAGCCAGUCCCAACACCCAAAACCCAUCCUAACAAUUUAUGGUACAAUUUUAAAACCUCACCACACACCUCAACACCCAUGCGUGAAUGUGUGUGUGUGUGUGUGUGUGUGUGUGCGUGCGUAAAGCUGAUGCUGCUGCUAUUUUACGAACACGCUGAUGGACAAACGACACUGGUUGCAGCUCUAAAUGGGGAAAAAAAAUGCUGCAAAACUGCAAAAAGCUCAACGCGAUGACAAAAGAAGUGCGGAAGAUUAAUGCUGCAAAUAUAUUAUCAUUCCUCCCGGUUUCUGGUUUUUUUUUUUGCCAAGUGAUAUGGUACGAGGGAAAAGGAAACAUACGCAAAAAAGCAACGGCGCCACAUUUUUACGUACCACGCGUAUGGUCGCGUAGCCUCAGGCUGCGAGGUUUGGAGUGAAGUGGAUUUGCAUUUUGAGUGGAGUGAGCGGCAGCAAAACCUUCCCAUAGCAAAAGUGUAUGUGUGUGUGUAUGUGGAUGGAAAUUUUAAACGAAUUUUACACAUUAUUUCUUGCCCCCCGUGCUACUACCUACCUACCUACUUCGCCAUACGCAGCCGGCUGGGUAGGUGCAGCGUAUGGCGAUGUAAUUUAGGAACAACCGUGCCACUGUGUGGCGGGCACGAGCCUGAAGCGGGUACCCGCUGUAACCCACCGAGUACAGAGAGGCAAAGUAACCGACAAAAAAAAAAUGCGUCGUAUGAUUCAUGUCCCCGAGCACCGGGGAGCACUGUGAAUACCCCAUAGCCCCCUCCAGUGAGUUUACGCGAGCGUAACAGAACGGAUAAUCGAAAGCCAACGGAAAUAUUUAUGAACAUUACAUCCCUGUGCACGAUUUUAUCGAAAAUCCGUGUUUCAAAAAACAGGAUCUGUAAUGGAAGGUGAGGAUGGUGGGGAGGAAGGAACCGUUCCACCACACUUUUACUACCGCGCCGCAACGAAACGAGACAAUAGACAAAGUGGGGCGAAAAAAUUCGUGGUUCUGCACUGGAAAAGCUCGUCCUAAGCUUCGCGGAGCGAUGUGUGGUGCUGCACACAGUGGGAUCGAAGCCAGUAAUCCAACAUAAUUACUGCAAAACAAUUCACACAGCCCAGCAUACGCAUACUGAUUUCGAUUUCGAUACGGGGAGUAGGGAACAUAAAUUUCUCUUUCCGCGCUUGGGUUUGGAAACUCGAAUGGAUGCUGCACACCGUUACCUGCUGGUGGUGGUGGUGGUGAUGCACAGCACUGUUAGUAGAUGGGUUUAUCUUGUUGCUUUGCUGCUUCGGUGUAGCCCGCUUUUGCCCGCCCCAUUCCACGGUGAAAGGUGUACAAUGAACUCCUAGUGCUAAAACAAGUCACCGGGAUUUGGCCGAUUUCUGCCCCGUUCUGCCCCACUGACACAGCUCAGGCGGUUCCCGGUAGCGUACCUUUCCAGAUCAGCCUGGGUGAUGGGGCCAACAGUUUUGCUCCUGUUUAAAUCGCGCACACACACCGAGCUACAGAUGCCCUACUUUGUACUGUUGCAUACAAAAUUACAUCCUUGUGCAGUGCCGGCUCGAAAAAGGGUCGAAGAAAACGGGUCCGUACCACGGUAAUGGUUGGACGCUGGGAGCUGGCUCUCUCUCUCUCUCUCUAUCUCUCUCUAAUGUGAAAUAAAUUGCCGAGGCUGUGGUUUUGCACAAGCGGGCUUUGCGUUUGAAACAGCUUUAACGUUAACGUAUCCCACACUAUUACUAGCUAGCUAUUGCUAGGGUGAAGUGGCUUAGUUUCUGUGCCCCUGGAUUCACCGAACGGGCGGGCGUACGCAGUGGGCUUACAGGUAAAGUCAGUUUUUUCCGGGGACCGUGAUUGAAGCGGGCUGUACGCAACAGGUCAUCAAUCAUGUUUUCGUCGUAAUUGAUCGACCGUUUUGGAGAGGGAAAUCUGUUUCAAAGUUCUCAAAAAAAAAAAAAUAAUACCAAAAGGGAAUGAUUAACAUGUUGUAAGACGCUUCGGGGUAAUAUCGUGAGGCGGAAAGCUUGAUUGGCCCUUUAUACAUUUCUCGGUACGCAAACGGACAUAUCCUUAAUGAUGAUGGCUUGCGUUAGGGUGCGUUUACACUGCUUGAAAUUGCGCAGCACAAGCUGAUGUUGUCAACAGUGCCUGCCUUUUUUGAGCCUUUUUUGUUUUGGUCAUAUUAGGUAUCUUUUAAGGCUCUUUUUUAAAUGCUAUAAGAUAACGUUAUUUCUCUAUGCGCUUUGCCCAUUUUGUCUCUUAAAUAGAUACAUAAAAAGUUUGGCAUUUUCUUUUAUUUUUUUUAAAUCCAAUUGGAAAAUAAUAACUGGUUCGAUAUUUUAAGCCAGAAAGAUGAAAUUUUCAGCUAGCCAUUGGAACAGUACUCAUCAUACGGGUUGUAUCCAUGUGACAGUUACUGUCCGCCAUAUUGAAUCUAACAAAUUUUGUACAAAUCAAAAUCCUCUUUUUUUCUUGUUUUCGUUUGUAAUUAGUUUGAAAAGUUAAAAAAAAAACUUAGAAAAUCGAUCCAAGCUAUUCUUUACUUUUUUUUUUGUUAAAAUAUUUAUCGUUUAACAAAAAAAAUCAAUCCUUCCAGAGCUAUCCUGAUUGCGCCCGCGGCGAAUAGGCGUUUGUUUACAUAUUUUUCAUGCUAAGCUGAGUUUUUUGUAGGGAUUUGUAUAGAGUGUUGACAAGAUUUCAACCUCCAACUGUCAAAAUGUACGUAAAACAGCUCGCUGAUAUCGUAAAAGCUCCCAAUAAUAAUAGAAAAUAUUGCAUAACUUUAGGCGUUUAUCAUUGCUUCAUUUAUUAAUGUCGUUUGUACACGCCGUUGCUAUGUCUAUCAUCAAUUUCGACCUCUUAAAAACCUCCCUUAAAUCGUUUCGUGUAGUGUAGACGUACCUCAAGAAAAUCGCUUACCCACCAAUUCUCUACCACCAAUAGCAAACGGAUUCCAGUGGCAUGUUCGCUGGCGGAACAGCGAAAUGCAAACGGUUUUAACAAGAUCGCCGGCCAUGCGAUCGAUUCAAGCGUGCCCGUUGUUGAUUUAAGCGUCCGCAGCCGCACAAAUAAAAGCCGAAAAACGUUCCACCACGCACACUUAUUAAAAUAAACAAACAAACAAACAGCAGCCCACAAUCCGCAAUCGAUAAUAAUUCCUGGGAGAUUGGGGAUUGGGGGGCCCUGGCGCCCUUAUCUGCCCGCUGCCGAUGGUACCAGAUGCUUAUCCCAGCGCUGGCGCGUACCGGCGCUGCGUGGUUUUGAUGUAGAAACUCAAUUUAUUUUAUUUUCUUCGUCCCUAACCUAACCCCCCUGGACAAGCAUCUUCCGGAAGUACCCAAUACCCCGCGACCAGGUACGUGACGCGGGACCUCUUCGUGCAGCAAACUGUCGUGAGCUAAACUUUGGAAACGUCAGCAAACGCUGAAGAAGCACGAGAAGCAAAAGAAACAACAACAAAAAAACCUUAAGUGACAUGUUGGCGUAGAGAUGGCAAAAUGAUGUCAAUAUUUGCAUGCCCUUCACUACCACACCACCACUACCAUCAGAGGUUUGUUUCUAGUCAGCACCCAGCUUUACGGAAUUUGACUUUCCGAUCCGAUCUUAUCUGCCAAGUUGGUGCUGGCAACGGCUACGUUCGGUGCGCUGCGUGGGUUUUGCUGCAAGAGCAAGAGCUUGGCUACGGCCACGCCGCUCGGAUGUGAUGUAAUUUCCGGAUAAGAGGCAAGCUUUCCAAUUAUCGAAAAGUUAUGCCAAAAAAACCCCCCCACUGCCACUACAGAAUGUGGAGUGCUUGCCCGUCCGCUCGCGCCCGGUUCAAUGCGAGCGAUGAAUGCUAAUUCAUUGCAGCAGUGUUUUAAGAUGGAAGCUUUUCGUGAGUUUAAGCCUUGCGUGGUUUCACAAUUAAUUGGACGCCGCUUGGUGCUGUCCGGGGCAUUUUGUUUUAAAGCGACUAAAACUCGAAUGAUCUAAAAACAAGGGGGGAAUAUAAUUACAAUAAUUGAUUGUGGGGCAAACGGCGAACGGUGUGUUUAAAACGAUUCAAACGGUUUAAGUAUAAUUGGUUGGUAUUUAAAGGUUAUUUUAUUGUCAGUCUUUUAAAGCUUAAAUUGCUGGUAGAAUUUAUUUUUCAAUUGCUUUAGAAAGCAUAAUUAAUUAUUGAUCAAACAACUUAUUUAAAGAGAACUAUUUCUUAGCAAUCUUACGAGUAAUUUAAACUGCUUCGAUUUAAUUUUAAUCUACAACAUUUUUAGCAUAAUCUUUGCUAUAACUUCCCAUUUUAAAAUUCAUUCAAAUUCAUGCUCUUGCCAAAGGUUCUCAAAUUCUUUUACAAAUGCUUUAUUUGCUUCCUCAAACUUAAGCACAUUUAAAGAGCCACCAAAUGAUACGAUCUGUAAGCCCGUUUGUGUGACAAACUUUGGCAGUAAAACACACCCAAGCUCCACCGAGUCGACAGACAGGGCAAGGAAUUAAUUUCCUUCGGGCGACGGGUACGGGACCGGGCAUGCUGUUUCCACCCUAUCAUACAUCAGGCGCAAAAAGUUUGCUCUUGCACCCCAAAACACGCCGUAAUCAGAAUCCGAUCCGGAACCCCGAAAUCGAAAGGAAUCGCCGCAAGUGGAGCAAGUGAAACAGAUUAAUAUCCUCGUUUUUAUGCCACAAAACCCGUCAAAACCAUUCGAGAUUGUCGUUUCGCUUGCGGGCAGGUGCUUUAAUUUUGCUCCUCCUCGUCGUCGUCGUCAUCGUCGUCGUCGGCUGGUAGCAAGAGUUUGUGACUUGUGAGCGCGAAACGGUUAAAACGGGAUAACGACCGACUCUAUGAAAACCCCUCGCGAAGCUUCCACUUCGAAUACGGAACGGAAAAUACGGGAAACGAUUAACUUUCGCAUCGUUCGCCUUCAAACACAUACAAUCAUUCCCAUUUUCCCAACCAUUUCUUAUCACGGAGCAAGCGAAGCGGAGUGUACGAGGGGGGGGGCGGGGGCAUCAGACAAGGAACUGUCUGAAGUGGCUCUCCCUCUCACUACCUAGCCCUUGCUCUAGUGUACAGUGUACAGUGCGAGGGUCCCGAAAAGUUUGGGCGGGAAAUGCGGAAACUUUGCACAUAUUUCGCCCUGCCGACAGUAUCGUAAAUAAUUUAUAACCCUCCUCAAUACACUAACUCCCCCCCCCCCCCUCCUGCCAUGGUCCAGUUCUGUGUUUUUGGGGGGUGAAAUUCAUCGACAAAAACACACACACACACUCAGAGAGAAAACGGCCAACGUCAAAACAGAGGGAUCCAAAUCGAAGAAGUAACGCGGUCCUUUUGUCGGCUGCCCUCGCUUGUUAUUACUGUUUGUUCCGGGUUUUUGUGCAAGGCCACCCCCCCCCCCUUCCCCAUCCCGAUAAAGGAAGGGGGGCUGGAAACAUAUUUUAUUUCCAACUAACCUUUGUGCAGCUCUCGCCCUCCCAUGCUGCACUGUUUCUGGGGGUUGGAUGACCCCAUCCCUUAAGGAACAGUACAAACUGGAGCGAAAAAUAGCGAAUUCGCACCACCUUGCACACUCCCUUUUUGUUUGCUUCGAAGCUUCUGGGCAAUUGGCAAUUUGGGAGCCGAUUUUCACCUCAAAUUCUCAAGCCGUUUUAAUACAUUUUCCUUUUUUUUUUUUUUUGGUAAUUUUAAAACUCCAUUUGAUUUUAAAUGUACCCUCCAACUAAAGCAAGCUCUCGUUGCGAGAUACUUUUGCCGAAAAACUACUUCAACUGCCACUUAUACCGCUGCCUUGUACUCCACUGUUGGUAUUGAGCUUUAAGCUACACUAUGUGCAACUUCAACAGUAGCCCGAUAAACACACACCUACUUCCCAGUGGAGUGUAGCCUUCUGCCGCCAUCACCAUCGUUCGGUGUGCACCAAAAAGCGCACACGGAAAACGGAACGAUGAUCGCGAUUUUUUUCCCCCAGCUCCUCUUCCCGGAGGAAAAACAAAAGGCACCCGCAAUAAAAAUGGUAGCUUUGAGCUGGAGGUAAAGCGAAACACUAUUCGCCCUCACACGCCCCCAUAACCCGGAAACGAUCCGUCCUCCAAACCGUCGUCGUCGAUCGUAAAAAGGAACAACGAACGGUGCUGGGAAAGCUUUCUUCCGUUUUUUUUUCGUUCCAUUUUAUUCAUUCGCCCUUUAGUAAAAUUCGAUUGGUUGCUGGUAGUUUGGUAGGUGUAAGGGUUGUAAUGUGAGUUUCGGUUUUGUUUUGUUGUUUGGUGCUAUUGAAUGGUGGGGAGGCUCAUUUUCCGUUUCGCCAGUCGAUUGAUAUUUACGUGAUGUAACGUAACCGCCGCUUUUCCGAGAAAUGGGUUAAAAAAUACCGUCCGAAAGCCGAUUAGAAUGGUGGAAUAAACCGGGACCGACCGAUGCUUGGAGUGGGGGUGAAAGUUUCGAACAAAAACCCACUAAAAAAACAACUCCCAACCUCCCGAAAUGAAAACGAGUGUGUGUGUUUUUGUUGUUUUCGUUCGUUAUUUUCGCUAGUGGCCGCUUACCCUCUUGUUUUGAUCAUCACCACGAUGCGUUUUAUGCUUUAGUUAUAUGCUGCUCGAACGUAGCAGCAAAAAAAAAACAAAGCAAACUCCAAAGCUACCUUUCCACGCAACAGCACCCUAAACUAAUAUGGCUGGCUGUGUUAGAGGCGUCUUUCUUUUUGGGCCACCUUUUACCACAAACUCGCCUCUCGCCUGCAGAUUCGGAUUGUUUUUCUUCGGCCGCACACACUUUCAAAACAGUGCGUUCAGAGAGGACGUUUUAAAAACGUGGUAAGCGCGGCCGGUUUCGGGGCAAAAGUUUGCCUCGGCCGGGCAUAUAUUCAUUCGAACAGGAGCAGUUGUUUUCAACGCUCGAGAAGCCGGUAGGGGUAAACGGGGCAAAAUGAGCACCCGUUUAUUUAAGCAUUGUUUCACAGCAUGUAUAAAUUCCAAGGCAAUUGAAUGCGUAUUUUUUUAUAAACAAAAUAUAAAAAAAUAUCUAGAUGCUUCGCGUAGGGUUGAAUGGUCAAAUGCUUUUCGACACAUGGCGCUUGGUGAGUCUAUGGUUGUAUUUACCACAUUUGACACAAUGUUGUAGGUUACUACGGCCUACUCCGUCUCGUGGCCUGCAUAGAAAGGGAGAUAAUAUCCCGCACAAAAGCCUUGAAAAAGGCCCGCACCCCGAUAUAUGACUCUGCUAUGCUAACUGCGGAACUUAUUAAAAAGGUUUAGUCCCCUUCUCUGUGGAAAUCGAAAUUCCCAUUAUGAGCAAUGCUCACCAUUUUUUUUGAAGAAACAAGUUAGUUUAAUAAACUGGAAUUCCUUUAGUAGCUUGAUUUAAUGACAAUUUCUGGGGUGUUCUGAUCAGGAGCCUACGUGCUCCGUUAGCGAUAGAUACAUUUUCUUCUACAAUUCUCAUUAAGUAUGCACUAUUCCAACUGGACUUUAGUUAAAUGAGAUUUCUGGCAGAAGGGUGUGCUCUGCCUAUCUCAAAAUCGAACAGAUGUUUACUGUCCCAGGUUCAAAAGAAUCUAUUUCGUCUAUUGAAACGUGUAAAAAGUGUUUUAAUUUUAAUAAUUUAUUUUUAGAUCCAUUUGAAUUGCAUUCCUAUACAGCAAAACAAAAGAUAGGAAGAGAACGCAUUUCACGAAACGUGCGCAAAAGCUUUUACCUUUUGAACCAUCUCGUGAAACAUCAACUUUUAUGUUACACUUUUUUCAUAUGUUUACGAUAUUUAAAGGCUAUGUUGCAAUUUUAAUCCAUAGAUAAAUGGUGAAUAUCCAUAUAAUAAUGUAAGAAGAAUUGUGUUUUGUGCAAAAAUUAAAACGAAUAUUUACUAAACUGUUUAACAUGCCCAUUUUGCCCCGCUUUCCCCCCUAUACACCGGUAAGGCAUUCGGUAUGGGGCCGAUUUUUGCCUGUUUAUUCAAACUUUAAGUAAAUAUUUCAACCUGGGUCGCGUUCGGGCUUACCUGGUCGGCGGGCGAUUGUGGAAACGGUUUGUUUUAUGGAUGUUUGUGUAAAUUAGCCAACAGCAGCUCAACUUAAAAUUGUUAAUUUUCCUGUGGCAAUUUUUUGUGCGUGACAAUCUGUUAUUAUUUGGUGAAUUUUGCUAACAACCACCCCUUGCACAGACACAAAUCGAAUGUUUUCCUCCUAUAAAACUUCGGCUUUCUGUGGGAAUUCAGUUAGCAAGCAAUCGAAAUUAUUCAUUCAAAAAUUGAUAUAAAAUACACACAUAAGCGCAUAAAACAAGGUAGUGUCAAAACUGAAGCCUGCUCAAGCUUAAGGGCUCAAGACCAUCUUGAAGAUCAAGCUUCACCUUACCGAGCGUGACCGGGCGCAAUAGGGGAAAGCUUCCAUUUCCCUACGGGACGUUGCGUUUACUAGGUGGUGCCUGGUGGUGUCUCCGGUUAGCUGGAAAUUGGAUUGAGUGAAAUAAGAUUUUUUUCUUUCGCGUAUGGUGUCCCCUACUGUCAUCGUGUACUCGAGAAAACCCCACGCGUGUUUUCCUGUACGUGUAGCAGCAUUUCGCUUUCGUUGCCUUUAAUUCCAUUAAGAACGGCUCCCUCAACAUGGUCUGUAUCUAUUGGAUUUGAUCUGCGCUUUGUGCAAGCUGCGCUGUUUGAUCGUAAAGCUUGCAGCUUUUAUUUCUUAUUCCCUUUUGAGACUCUCAUUACGGUAUAAUUUUAUUCCUUUCUUCCUAAUUGUGCCGCCUUCUAUCCAAAGAAAAAAGAACGAAGCAAAGGUGACACUCGCCUUCAAAACCAGUUAAUGUGGAAAAUGUGUGGAUGAGCAAAAAAAAAAAGAAAGGAAACAUAACCUGGAAACCUGGUACGGCAUCAUGUUUAUUUUAUCUCUCGAACCCUCGAGUUUCGUUUGAAGCCCGGAUGUGUAACAAAAUCAGUUAAAUCAACAGCAAAGGGCAAAGCGUGGCAAAGAUGUAAAGAUAUGAAAAAUGCAUUGCGCAUAGGGGAGGGGGGGGGAACGAAGGAGGGACAAGGACACACCUCACAGCCUAACGGUGCCCGUUUAAAUCAAAAGAAACCCGGGCAAACCUACUUCUCGGCAGGCAGCCACGCGUUGACCGUCUCCACACAUUUGAAGGCGUUUGAAGUCACACGCUUCAGUUUGGCCUCCCCCCCCCCCCCCCCCUAUUCUGUCCCCUCCCACUUCACCUCACUCGAUUACUCCAUUUACUUUGGGCCUUUCCGUGGCACAUUCCGUCACGUUUAAGUGGCUCCUUCAUCCUGUGGAGGGGUUUUUUUAAAUAUUUCCCUUCCAAUACAGACCCUUACAUCCCAUCUUUAACAUCGCAUCUUGCCACUUUACAUUCUUGCUCGUUACAUCAUACAUAGAUUUGAAAUGUUCAAAGAUCUUCUGGCGGAAGUAAAUGGUACAUUAAAAAAUGUGUUCGAAAGAAAGGUAAAAAAUACAGCCCAGAGUUAAUUUCACCCUUAAAAAGCACCUUCCACCUUCUCAGCGACUGAUUUUGGGGCCGGCUGCUGCUCUUACUCUGUUGGGCGCUUCAAAAGAAAUUACGAUGUUGAGUAACAGCAACAAAAUAUACAUAUCAAAAGGCAAAAGCUAUUAAAAAAACGGAAAAAAGUGCAAAGCAAACCUAUAUUUUGUGUUUCAAUUUUUUUGCUUCCUUUCCCGGCUAAUGAUACUGGUUGGAGAAUGAUAAAAGAUUAAAGGGCGGGGAAAGAUGGAGUAAAAUGUGAGAGCACAGAGAAAAACACACACUCGUACACUAAGAGUUAGAAAGGAAAUACGAACGGAAAAAGAAACAGCUUUGCGGUUGUUGUGAAGGUUCGAAACAUGUGAGCAAUAGAAGCAUCUUGAAACGGUGUAAUUAGCGUGUAGCGGCAUUAAGGCAUUAUUACGCGAUAUUAUAUUAGGCGAUAAACAAACAAACAAACAAAAAACGUGUGUAAAGGAGGAAGGUUGGCAAAAGCGUGGGGGGGUUAUCAAAGCAAAAACGAAGAAGUGUAACUUGAUGCCAGUUUUAGAAAUAAUAAGGAAGAUGAUCCGUGUUCAUUGCAAUGGAUUUCAGUGUUGUUAGCUGGUAAGCAACCGGCGACAACCUUUAGUGUGUAAGUGGAUCGUGUUCGAUCGAAGCGUGCGAUCUUCAUUCGUGUUCGGUUUUUUCUGUUUCCUUCUUGCCAUUUAUUAGCUAUUUUAAGCUUUUUAAGCGUAAUAUUUUAUUGCAGCUGCGCUUCGCUUGUGCUUUUUUUUUUCUUCCCCCAAGUAGUUAGCAUUCAAAGUCGCUCAAAAACAUUCCAAAGAAAUGGCCUUUGGAAAGGGCACCAAGCCAUCCAUUGCUAGUUUUGUUGUUUCAUUAAACUGUUUUUGUUGAGCACUGUUUGGGGGGGGGGGGGGGGGUUUGCCCUGAAACUGACACACUCAUCACGAAAAGUCAUUAUUCAUACUCAAUGGCUUCGUCGUCUUCGUUAUCAGCAACCAUAAAGCAUUCUGUUUGUGAGACAGACAGCUCAAAUCAAAGGCAGAGAUAACCCUUCUAUUGUUUCUCGUUUUUUUCCUUUUUUCGAAGAACAUUGAAUCGUAUAAUCGCCCAUAGGCCCAUUGAAAGCAUGAGUUAGCAAACGCCAGCCUAGAGAAAGCAGAAGGCCAGCAAUCAGAGUUCCUACAAAUGGAUAUCGUUAGCGUUUAAGUCAACAUAAGGCGUCCCCUGUAUCCCCAGGUCCCUUUGCGGCUUAUCCAACGCUCCAGUUGGUUUUGUUUCCCUUUAAUUAUUUUAAUUGUAAACGAUUUGUCAAAGAUUUCGCUAUUACCAGAGCCUUCAAGAAGGGUUUUAGUUCACUGGAUUUGAUUUUUAGAGUAAUAGAAGCUUUCAGCUGCACUUUCUGCCACCACAUUUUGCCAAACCUUCUGAAACACUAUUCCUUUUCGUGCAAUCACUGUAUUAGGUUAGCGGUAGAGCAUCGUUUAUUUUGCAUCGAAUUUCGGAAGCAAAACAAUCACAAGAAGUAUCUGCUUUAUUGCUGCUGUUACGAUGGCGGAGCUGUAAAAAAAACGAAACAAAAACUAAAACACGAUAAACGCUAUUUUUGGAUGUUGUAAUUAACUGAUGUAACUCUUCAAACAUUUUCACAAAACUUUCACUGUGCUAGUAAGGAUAGUGUGGCCGAAAUGAAGCAAAAGAUACAAGCGUGUUGUUUCGAAAUUCCCUCCCAAAAAAAAAAAAAAAAAGAAAGACGGCAAACAACCGAAAAUUUAAACUACUAUCACUAAACUUUAAGAAAUCGCUUUAGAAUUAUAAGCAAGACUAGAUGUGCAGAUGUGGUUCGGAAUUCGCAUGAAAUGACUUUUGUUUUGUGAAAGUUCCAAAGCAAACAACGUGCAACCUUGUAAUACAUAUCAUUCAAAGAAAAAAUGGAAAACGGAUCGAAAAGAUGGUCCGUUGCAGGUGAUACUAUAUCUGAAAAUGAUUGGAGGAAGCCGAGGAAGAAGAAAAGGAAAAGAAAACUCCCAAAAAGGAAACGAAAACAUAUCAUAAAGCAAACCAAAAUGCGGCAAACAAACGAACAAAACAAAACAAACAACACAGACAUAUCAAAACCAAACCAAAUGAUUUAGCUUUCUAUCAAAUGGAAAGAGGAAAACGCAUGUACAUAUAAGUAUAUAUACACACAUACACAGUAUUGAGCCAUAAGAAGUGUAGUGCGUUUAACGUUUUACGCACCGUAAUCGGGUACGGUUAAGCUUGUUAAGACAAAGAGAAAAUCGAUGUAUAGCUUAAGAAAAGAAGAGAAAAGAGAAGAAAAAACAACCACAUGAAUGACACGUUGGCGAUUAGUGGUACGAUUUAUUUAAGCUCACGUUGCGAUUGAAACGAUGAAGAAAGCAAGCAAGCAAAAUGGAAAACUGAUCAGUAGUUAGGGUUAAACACUAUGAGAACGAGAGAAAACAAGGAAGGAAAGAGAAUGGUAAUAGAAAAAUGAACAUGUUUGAUUGUUUCGUUGGUAUUGUAAGAAGAGAAAUUUAAUAGAAAAAAUUAGAACGCAAACAAAAACAACCAAAAAACGACUAAAGACCACAGACAUACAAAGUUGAACGAUAUCUGUUAUAUUCGUGGAAAAAUGUUUGAAAAAAGAAACCGAAAUAAUAUAAAACAGAAGAGAAAACAUAAGACGAACGAAAAGAAAUAACGAAAAACCAUACAAACACACACAGACAUGACAGGACACAUCAGCUUCAGCGAAUGUUGAAAUGUGAUGCAAAACACCUUUUUGUACAUUAUUGUGAUUGAAUUCAUAUUCAUAUUGAAUAUAAUUAGGGCCAAAAGGGUGACGGUGGUGUGCGAUAGUUUGUGUAUGAUUGGAACCGAUUGGCAGCGGAACACUCACUACACUGUACAAGUAGGCAUUGGUUUAUUGCAAAAUUGAGAAAAAAAAAGUUAAGCAAGUAUGCUUUAAGUAAAACAAACAAGGGGGCAAACGGGAAGUAACGAUAAGAAAGAAGACGAUAGAAAUAGAAGAAGAUCAAAACAAUAGAAACUAAAAAGCCCAAACACCGCGUUGUGUUUCAGUUUCAGCAAUAAGGCAUGUUUCCGUGAAAUCCCCCCUUUAUCAGAAUUAGGAAUUUUUCAAUUACGGUGUACCCAAUAAAAUGCAAUGGAAAAGCAAUGAAUAGCACAAUUUUUACAACAAAAUGAAAUCAAAUCUUUAACGGAAAACGAAACCAAGCAAGCAGCAAACAAAAAAAGGGGGAAAAAAAUCCCGCGUCUGAUGAAUGCAUGUUCUGUUUCUGGAGGUCCAAAGCAUAUCCUGUUGGAUUUAAAUAUAUUGUUGCGUUAAGGCGUUUGUUUGUAGACAAAAAAGAGAGAGAGAGAGAGAGAGAGAAGCAUACCAACAAGCAGAUUAAUUAACACACGUUGUGAGAUGAUCGUUAAUGGCGUUGAGUUUAUAAAAUCAGUACAUAUCAGGUGCAUGGUUGGUGGUGUAUACAUAAUUUAUAAGCAAAAUGAGGCCCGUUAAACCGUUAACGCGCGGAAUGAGAAGAGAGAAAUCACACACUCCAUACACAGUGAAGCGCUUUGCUUUCGUUUGCUCUGUGCGUAUGCUCUGUACUUGUUCAAUCACUUGUUACAAUCACUACCAAACCGACAGCUGCGGGCGUUGGUUGGGUUUUUUCUAGAUGUAUGAAAGCUAUUCUAUUUACCUGUUUGCUUGAAUUUCGUUCGCGGGUUAGAGGAGUAUAUGAGUCGUUCUAAUGGAUGCAACAAUGUAUUUUAAAACAUCUGUUUUUAAGUCGUAUUUUUCAAUAGAAUAUACAUAUUUUCCCCUUAUAUUUACCCCUCUUAUAUUAGUUACGUUUAUUAAAGCGUUAAUUGUGCUGUUUUUGGUGUACAAAAGUUUAAAAGAGCACUUGGACGAACGCUUGACCGUUUAAAACGAGAUUAAACACGAGCACAUACACACACACACACACACACACACACACAUAGAAUGACUUCUGACUGCUAACUUAAGCUUAACUUCUUGUCUCUUUACUCGUUGUCGUGAAUCAAAAGGAAUGAAAAUGAAAAUUCAAAACCAAAUGGAAAAGCUAGAAGAAGGAACGAUACCAAAAAGGCUAUACUCUAAACCUUCGUGUUUCACUUUAUGGUUUUGCUUCGAAGCUGUUUAAUGAAAACUAAAAAAAAACACCUGUUAAACAUUAACAAGCCCGAACGCAAACAACUGCAGAACCCGUGUACAGCACAAAAAAAAUAAAAACAGUGAGCAAAGUAUUCGACAAUGCCUGUGCGAAGAGUGUAAAAUAGUUUCAACAACCUAUUGCGAUGCGAACAUUCAUUUCUUCCAUCCUAUAGCGACACGAACGCAUGCUUUCGGUACAUCUCAUCAUUACCUUACUCAACCGAUGAUCACAUCAUAUACAAAAGCAGAAGAAAGAAAAGAAGGAAAGCAUACACGAAACAUUCUAGCGGAAGUAUCAAAAGACAGUAAAGUAAAAAGAAACAAAUUGCAAGCAAACCCAUACAUAUCUCAUAUCUCGUCUUCGUAGUUAUGUAAAGAAUACUAUUACUAAAACUGCUAUCAACUGUACGGUGAAAACGGGCAAGAGGGAAAGAAAAAGGCAGAAGAAAAAAUAAAAUGAACCACAGGAGGUGAAUGAACAUUGAAA